AUGGCACCCAUCGCGACGCUUGACUUGAAGCCGUCCUUGGCAUCCACAAUACUGGACCCGAUGGUCUUUCCUUCAUCAAGUGCGGACAAGAGGUUGAGAGAACUCUGGUACAUGCACGGAGAGCCGCAUAGCACAAAAUUCUCAAAUCCAAAACUGACGAGUGUCGCCGCGCUGGUAGAGCACAAUGCCGCCACUCAGCCGUCGCAGCCCGCAUUCAUAUAUCCUGUUGGCAACUCAUUCGAUAUUCUGGACUGGGCCCAAGUGCACCAGCUGAGUUGCAAAGCCUCAGAAUACUAUCGCGAGCAGUUCCAGAGACAACUGGACAUCGCCAAUGAUAUUGGCAAGCAGCCUACGUUUGCAUUGCUGGGAACCGGCAGUUCGAUCGCCUACUUGAUCACCCAAAUCGCUCUCAAUCGCCUCCGUGUGCGGACGCUGCUUCUCAGUAACAAGAACUCGACCGAAACCAGGAAUCACCUGCUUAAAGUGUGCAAUGCUGUGGCGAUUAUUGUAGACGAAGCUAACGAGGCGUCACUUCGCGGAGACGACGACGGAUGUGAACUGCCAGUAACCCAGCUUGUUGGUCUGAACGAGCUGCAGAGACGCAGCGGCAUUGACGGAAAGACUCUGGUAGCCUAUGAGACGAACGAUGAGUGGAACUUACACUCCAUGAUCAUCCAUUCCUCGGGGUCGACUGGCGUACCCAAGCCCAUCAUACACACCAACCGGAGUUUGUGCCAAAUCGGACGUAUGUAUAGACUCAUGCCGGAGUACUUCAUCGAAAACUGGUACCUCUGUUUUCCCCUAUUUCAUAUUGCUGGCCUAUCCAUCGCCCUCUCCGGCAUACCAAACGGGCUGCCAACCACUCUGCCCCCUGAGAAGUGGCCUCCAGCUCCGAGUGCCAUUCUCUCGGCAUGGAAAACUCUGGAUUCCUUGGGAUAUCCUGCCGACUGCCUUCACUGUGCGCCUUCGGUGAUUGAAGACUUGGUGGAAUACAUCUCCCUGACGACAAAAGACUUCACCCCCUUUACCAGGCUGAAGGUUCUUCAACCCGGCGGAGCGCCACUCUUGCCAACUACUUUGUCCAAGCUCCAGUCUCUCGGCGUGAACAUCAAGACCACGUACGGAACGACCGAAACCGGCCCGCCGUUCAGAACGAUUCCGCACACAAGGGAAAACCCGGACGUCUAUCGCUUUCGCAACCUAUAUCCGGAGUCACCGUUCGUGCGGAUGGAACCCGUUGGAGAGGGUCUGUUCGAGUGCGUCGUGUACAAAGGCUUCCCUCUGGCAGCGGAGCUCUGGCUCGACGACGACGCGCCCAACCCGUACCGCACUGGCGAUCUGUUUCUUGAGGAGCCCCCGGCGAGCGGGUACUUUGUGCUCCAGGGUCGCCGGGAUGAUAUUCUGGUCCAUUCGAACGGAGAGAAGAGUCAUGCUGCGGCACUCGCCAUGGCCCUUGAGGAGGACAAGACGAGCGUGGUGAAGAAGACGGCUGUCUUUGGGACUGGGAAGCCCUGUCCCUCUGUCGUUGUCGAAGUUGACUGGGACAGGGUAGACAGCCAACGACUGGGAAAAAACCUCGAGGAAGCCGUUUGGAGUUCGGUCAGCUGCGUCAACGAGAAGUCGCCGAUGUAUUCCAGGAUUCCUCGGCAGUUGAUGCUCAUCCUCGAAAGGGGUGAGACUCUGCCAGUCACGCCGAAAGGGAACGUCCGGCGCAACAUUGCCUGGGGACUCUUUGGCCAUCGGGUCGAGGACUUGUACGACCGCUUCUUGGGCAAGUCGGAGACUGUCCCUUGUCUCACCGACGGACCGAUAGACGAAGGGGGAUCCUCGACCAUGCAGACAGUCCAGGAAGUAGUCGCAGAUACCUUCGGCGUCAUGGUCGAAGAGGUCAAGCCUGAUCGCAACUGGUACGAACUCGGGCUUGACUCUCUCAAAGCUGUCGAGAUCCGCUCGAAGCUGGUCAGGUCGUUUGGCAACUUCCCUUUGAUGUUUGUCUUUGAGUACCCAACAGCAGAAGGACUUUUCAACUUUCUCCGUCGCUCCGGUGAUGCCACCUUCAGCGCCAACGGCAUGAUUAACAAAGAGCGACACGAGUGGAUCAAGUCAACCAUCCAACGCCUGAACAGCGAAGUAGACCACUGGGCCCAAUCGACAGGCUCAACAGCUGAAUGCAAUGACGGUGAAGUUGUCUACCUGACGGGGGCAAGCGGUUCACUGGGCAAUGCGCUUCUGGAGGUCCUGGUUCAGCUCUCAUCUGUGAAGGCAGUCUACUGCGCCGUCCGUGGGACCGAUCCCCAAGCUCGAGUUGUAGAGUCACUCAGGGCCAGGGGAUAUCCCGAGGAAAUCUACCAGAGCGACAAGAUUCGCGGGAUAGGCUACGACAUGACGGACGAAAGGCUAGGUGUGGACCAGCAGACGUACCAAAAGCUGGCGGACGAGGUCACAGUCGUGAUGCACAACGCGUGGAAACUGGACUUCAACCAGCCAGUCCAGCAGUUCGAGGCUGACUGUCUUCGAGGCACAAUGAGCCUGAUGUCCUUUUGUCUCAAAGGCAAGAAAAAGACGUUGUCGUUCAUGAGCAGCGUGGCCGCCGCGAUGGGAAGUCCGGCCGGAACCGUAGUCCCGGAACUGCCCCUCGGUCCGGAUCCCGCAAACGCUCUGGCGACUGGAUACGCGCAGUCCAAGUUCAUCGUUGAGCAGCUGACGCAACACUACGCUUCCUCGCACAACGUGCCCGUGCGUGUCCUCCGAGUCGGCCAGCUCUGCGGCCACACCAGAUUGGGGACGUGGAACCACACAGAAAUGUGGCCGAUCAUGAUGAUGACCGGCUUGGACUUUCUGUCGGCUAUGCCGGUGUUGAAGACAGAGGUGGACUGGCUUCCGGUCGAUGUGUGUGCAGAGGCCAUUCAAGAGGCCGUGCUCACUUCGAGGGAGGCCUCUUACACGGUGACGAACCUCACAAACCCGGAUACCAUUUCAUGGGAUGAGCUGCUCGAAACUCUUGAGGAAGCUUCUGGAAGGCAGUUUGAGCGACUUGCCAUGAGGGAAUGGGUGGCUCGGUUGGAGGCCAAGUCGAAUGGCAGCACAGGGGCUAAUCAGACGCCAGCAAUGAAGCUAUUGGGAUUUUUCCAAGCCAUGGCCGAGGGCGGCGGAAACGGCGAAGGGGUGACGUUCAAGACCAGAGCAGACUCAGGCCGACAUGUUGAUGUUGCAAUGGUGCGUGGGUGGCUGGAUAGCUGGCGUCAAGAGGGUAAACUAGUUUGAGGUUCUCGUCAAAGGUAUCAUGAUUCUGUUCUGUCACUAUCGCCCGUUGCUGUUGUCUGUUGCUAUUGUUUGCUACCAUUGUCUGACAGCAUUACAUCCGUCACUAUCAUCCAUAGCCAGCCGUCCUGCCAUUCAUAUUCACUGCC